CGAAUGUGAAAAGGCUAUAAAUACGAGUCAGAAACGGCUUUCUCUUCUUGGAAAACAACGUGGAUUGAAGUGUAUCAAAUUGAUUUUGUUUGAGGCAGCGACUCAGGGAGUUAGUUAGCUAAUAAUGCCGGUUGAAAAACUCCGUCUUCGUCCAUGGCUGGAAAAUGCUCUAAACUCGGACCAUAUCCCAGGCAUUAAAUGGGUUGAUCAAAGAGAGAAAAUCUUUCAGGUUUCGUGGAAACACGCUUCGAGACAUGGCUGGCAUGUGGAUACAGAUGCUUGCAUCUUCAAAGAAUGGGCCGUACACACAGGCAGAUACAGGAAAGCCCUAGACAAGCCAGACCCCAGAAGAUGGAAGGCUAACUUUAGAUGUGCUUUGAAUGCUUUACCAGACAUCAAGGAGCUACAAGCAAGGGGUGUCACGAGGGGGAAUAAUGCGUAUAAAGUGUACCAGAUGUUGAGAAAGACUACAGAUGGAAAAGAAAAAGAGAAGAUCAAGAAUGAGAAAGGUAAGAUAACCCGUAAGAUAACUGUGUUCAUCAAGUACGCUUGGUCGAAGAUCGGAGAAUAUUUAUCUGCCAUAUGUAUAUUUGAUGAGACAUUGUUUUCUUUUGAUCAGAAAUCCUCGAGUGUGAUCCACGGAGACAGCUCACUUCCUGUCUGCACCAGCCAUCCAAUCAACCCUCAGUCUUUCUUUACUUACUGGCCAACAACCAUGUACUCACAGUACCAACAUCCACACAUGAAAGACCAUGACUACCUGACCACGUGGUUUGAUCCAAGACCGGAAAUGAAAGAUAUUGGAGUAAUGACGUACCAAGACAUCAAGAAAGAACCAGGUUCACCUGACAGCCAAUCAAAAUACUGCAGCGAGCAGUAUGACCAGGAUUCUGAGACAAGCUUGGAUGAACCUCGUCACUACGAAAUCAAGCAAGAAAAAGCUGUUCCCAGUGAUGAAGAAAUCGUUGAUCUUGUUGACAGCAUGUCACGUGAUAGUGACUCCCUUUCACACAGGAGUGAGUCAUCAUCAUUUGAUGAAUACGAAGCUGAAAUGAAUGGCCAAGAACAGUAUUCUAAAAGUCCUUCGAGGGCAAGCCCAAAGAGGCCUUCGUCACUGGAGCUUCCAUCAAAGCAAGAACUGUCGUAUGCCAUGUCAUAUGAAUACCAAAACACCCCACCCCCUCCCCUCACACCUGAAAGCACUAGUGAAAUACUGAAGGGGAUUACGUCACCAGUUACCCAAUAGUUACCAUAGUAACAGGUGUGGGAACAUCAAAUGGCUGACCAUGAGUGUGAUGACUGUUCAUUAGACAAAGCCUCCCGUGUGUGGUCGUAAUAUAUUCACCCAACUGGUUUAUAUAGCUAACUUGUUACUGCCGAAAUAUAUUGCUAAUGUUUAAACUCAGUUAAUAGAUUGAGUAAUAGUAAUCAAUAAUAACAAUGUUUAUACAGAAAUGAAAAAGUAAAGGUUGCACGUAACAGUCAUCAUUUCUAAAUAAGGGAUGAUGAGCUUGUAAGGCUACCAUUUUACGUGGCUAAGCAAGCCACGGUGACGGUCAAAGCAUCUUAAUUACAGCAAAAAUAAUAAUAAUUAGGCGAGAGAAAACUAUUUUAAAUCUUGGUAAAUUAUCCUGAUAGCUCAAACUUUACCAAGAGAUUAGACAAGGAAUGGAGCAAAUGUCUAUGCAUGCACUGCAACUUAUCCAGUACAACGUUUAGUGUUCUUAUGGCCCUGCCUGCCGUUGUAAUAUAGCAAACUCAUUCUCAUAGAAUAUUAUCUCCUUGAAAAUCGAACUGUAUUCCUUACAAGGAAAAUAACUAUUACGUAGCUCGUAGCUCGCCUCUUUUUGUAUGCUUUUAAACCAAUAUUGGCUAGAGCUAUAUAAGCUUUCACAUUCAGAGACCACGUUAGCAUUUGAAAUCACAUCAAUAUUAAUGUCUUUUCUCAUGUACAACCGUUCAAGCGAAUGACUUGAAUGGAAUAGACUGUAAUUGCCCAAGCUGAAUGGGUCUAAUUCCCUUGUAGUUUCAAGUUAGUAUUAUACAAUAUAAAUUUUACAUUUACUGAACUAAUGAUUACAUAUAACUAAUUUAUUUAUAGUUUUAGUAAAAAAAGCAUAAAUUCACUUAAGGACUAGAGGUGCGCGUUCAACUUGUACUUUAGCUAGAUGAUUUAUCCGUUAUAUUCAUACGUUAAUAUCCAACUGCUUCAGUCAAUUCUAUUGUAAAACAUUAGUAAUUCCUUAAUAUGAAAUAAACUGAAGACCAUUUUUAAG